AUCAAUGUGCGCAAAAGCAUAUUGUGAUAGAUUUCCUGCUCUGCUCUUUACCCCCUCUUUACCGUGUGUGGUCCCUAUAUUUAGCCCGACCAACCAACGCAGGCAGGAAAGCUAAGUUGGGAAAGAAUUGAAGGAAGUCUAGUGGCCAUUUAGACAAACAAAAACAGACUGAGAUCAGUGCUGGUUGAAUACACAACUGUAUGCAGCUGAGACGAAGGGCUUUACAAAGAUAGAGAAGCAAGCUGAAGAAAGGGCUGGACGAUACUUUAACGGAGCUCUGACAGCUGGAGCGCUGCUCUGGUUUUAGCAGCAACCUUUUCAGUCCAGGUGGAUUUUAAUAUUAAUGCUCAUUUGAACAGACUAAAAGGUGUAUCUGUUCACGGACAUGUUUAAAAGGCAGAUCCAUGAGAUGUUCUGGUAGACCCUGGCAGAGUCUCAGAUGAGCUUGGCGUCAUGGGAUCAUCCACACUGGGGAAGGCAGCGUCUCUUGAUGCUCUUUUAAAUGAAUGCAUUCAUGGAUUUGAUGACAGUGGUGACCUGCAGGCUAACCCCCUCCCACGCAUUGUGCUGCUGAUGCACCGUUGGUAUGUUACAUCCUCUGAACUGGCGCGAAAACUUCUGAUGAUGUACCGUAACUGCAGCGGUGACAACUGCCAAAGAACCAGGCUGAAGAUUUGUUAUUUAAUGAGGUACUGGAUAGUAACAUUUCCUGCAGAGUUCAACCUGGACUUGGGUCUGAUUAGAAUAACAGAGGAGUUCAGAGACGUGGCAGCUCAGCUUGGCUGUGAGGAGCAUUUCAAAUUCAUCGACAUCUCAACCAUUCCAUCAUACGACUGGAUGAGAAGGAUUACCCAGCGGAAAAAGCAAACCAAAAAAGGGAAGGCCUCCCUGUUGUUUGACCACCUGGAACCCAUAGAGCUGGCUGAGCAUCUCACCUUCCUGGAAUUCAAAUCCAUCCGAAGGAUAUCGAAACUCCUUCACCUGCAGAACUUCAACACUUUGAUGGCGGUGGUGGGGGGCCUGAGCCAUAGUUCAAUUUCUCGCCUAAAAGAGACUCAUUUAUAUUUGGCUCCUGAAGUAGUCAAGAUCUGGAAUGAGAUGACAGAGCUGGUCUCUUCCAACAACAAUUACUCUUGCUACCGAAAAGCCUUCAAUGAGUGCCAGGGAUUUAAGAUCCCAGUACUGGGUGUGCACCUAAAGGACUUGAUUGCAGUGCAUGUGGUGUUUCCUGACUGGAUUGGUGAUGGUAAAAAGGUGAACCUCGUGAAGAUGCAUCAGCUUUACAUGACCUUCAAUGAGCUGGUGUCCCUGCAGAGUGCGGUGGCCCAAGUUGAACCCAACAUGGACCUCAUCUACCUACUAACGCUUUCGUUAGAUCUGUAUUAUACUGAGGAUGAGAUUUAUGAGCUGUCAUUGCUAAGGGAACCCCGUAACUCUAAAUUGCCUACCUCUCCAACAACUCCCAACAAGCCAUUGGCCCCACUGGACUGGGCAUCUGGUGUCGCUACCAAACCAGACCCCUGUCUGGUCAAUAAACAUAUCAGGAAGGUAGUGGAUUCUGUGUUCAGGAAUUAUGACCAUGACCGGGAUGGAUACAUUUCUCAAGAAGACUUUGAGAGCAUUGCAGCCAACUUCCCCUUGCUGGACUCUUUCUGCGUUUUGGAUAAAGAUCAAGAUGGAUUGAUCAGUAAAGAUGAGAUGAUAGCAUAUUUCCUUCGGGCUAACCCUCUGCUGCAGUGUAAGAUGGGACCAGGAUUCGUCCAUAACUUUCAGGAGAUGACAUACCUGAAGCCCACGUUCUGCGAACAUUGUGCUGGAUUUCUCUGGGGGAUCAUCAAACAGGGGUACAAAUGCAAAGACUGUGGUGUUAACUGUCAUAAACAAUGCCGUGAGCUGCUGGUUCUGGCCUGUAGGAAGCUGAUUCGCUCCGGCUCUCUGGGCAGCGUUUCUCCAGUCAGAGGAACUCACAGCUCACUGCCCAGCAGCCCCACGUUGCCUGCCUGUCAAGAUGAGGACGAGGUGUUUGAGUUCCCCGCCGUCACACCAGCAGUUCCAGCUCUCGACACUCAGUCCAUCACCCUGAUGACGGGCUCAGCCCAGAGAAUCUCUGUGCGCCUGCAGAGAGCCACCAUAAGCCAGGCUACCCAGACUGAACCACUGUGGCCUGAACAUGCCUGGGAGGCGGCAGACAGUGGUGCUCACACCUUCCCCAAAAUGAAAUACAGGACUCACAGGAAAAUGUCUAAAAACAAGGGUUUUGCCUGCUGGGAAAACCAGAGUGGCAGGCAGUACCAGGCAGGUUCUGCACCGCACUGCACUGGAAGCAGUGUAGACUCCCAGGAGAAGCCAGACGUCUCUGUAGAGCAUGUACAGAACAGGGUUACACACAGAACAAAGAACAGCUGACUCGGUUACAGUGGUGAGAAGCACUCGUGGAGAUCCAGAAAGCCCCUAGUCACUAAGACCAGGAGCUUCAGGGGGAUAUUCUUGGCUUUCUGAGGUCCCCCUUCAAAAACAUGGAGUCAUCAUGUCCUCUCAAGACUUCAGCACAAUACAGACAGAGCGACAUAGAGCUGAAGUCAGGGAGAAAAGCUCUAUAACAUACAGUCUUUUAGCUCCAGGCAGAAAGACACAAGAUGAAGGAUUUUCCUUAUGGAUUGUUGGCCAGUUGAUUUACAUCGUCGAGCUUUCAAAUGGAGCUCAGGAAGAAUGUGAACAGAAAUGAUCUGGUGUUGGAUUUUAAUAAAGAGAUGCAGCAUCAAGAUCCUGAUGUCACAUGAUCAUAGCAAAGGGAAUAUUUUGGAUGUUUGUAUGUGGAGAUGGAAAUAAAAGGAAACAGAACCUGAAUGUAAAGGGAAACCAACAGAACAUUUAGCACAAAGACUCAUGAAACAGCAUUUCUAUAGUGACAGCUGCAGAGCAGCCCACCUUAAUUUUAUCUUGCAGGGUUUUUUUCAGCAAAACAAAUGCUGCAGACAACCUCAAUCAUUCUGUUGUGAUCCCAUCAUUGAUCUUUUAUCAAAGAUGAUAAAAGCAUUUUUUACAAAUGCUGUACACCAUCAAGUGUGAUUUGCGUUUUCCUAUUUUUCUGUGU